UGUCCGACGUUCGCGCGCUCACUUUUCGCCGGCCUCUUUUAUUAAUCACGCUCUCCGAAAUAGCAUACGCGCCCCUGGGCCGGCCAGCACCUCGUCACCGCAUGCGGCCGCAGCACUGUCUCCAGAACGCUUUAGCGCAGCCAGGUACAAUGCGCGACGAUAAUAAUUCGGAAGUGACCGCCGUGAUUCCUGCGAUCUGCGCGCGUUGUAAUGUGCGCGCGUUACAUUUCCGCGACGCAAUCGCCCGUGGCGGAUCGAGCGUGAUCUGCGGCAUCGUCUCGACGUUAAUGGGCGAACCAUCAAUCGCAUGAUCGUCCCCACGGUCGGGCAACGUUAUUUAAAUGCCUCUCGCCCGACGCCCGACAAUUCUGGUUAACGAUGACACUGAUGGUUAAUUCGUACCGGCGGCUUUCAGCCAGAAAUUGAUAAUCCGGUGUUUUGGAAGAGCAGAUUGCAACGCGAGCGACCACGGUCAUGAUCCUGAGCGGAACGCUCACGGACUCCAACUUCUUGGCUAUCACACCGUUUAAAAUCAAAUUAAAUCGCCUACGACGGAGAUCCGACCUUCGACGAUGGUAGGUGGUCGUAGGGUGAAGCAUGCGGCGAGCAAUGAAACCACCACCACGUCCAUGGUCACCGGCGGCGUUACCAAUAGGAGCGACAACAACGUCGUUGUCUCCACUGUACAACCGACCACCACUCAGCAAAAAGUCCGACGGAUCUUUGAGGAGCAGGCCAGGUGGCAAGAGAGCGGCCCACGCAGUCGCGUGAAAUGCACAUCGUCGGACGCUGCUUACUGCGUGGUUAACAACUGCAGCAUCGCCGUCACUAAGGGCGAACCUGCUCGAAAUAACCGCGCCGCGAGUGAAACGACGACGACGACGACCAACGUCACUGGCAAGAGACGAGCGCCGUCGAUCGUAAACGGGAGAAUACACUCCAAGGAGGAGGCCGCUCGGAGCGGCAUCCUCGCCGCAGAGGAGUCGAGGAAGCCGAAGGACGUGUCCAAGGCGAGACCAGGCAUCUCAAGGGGCGUCCAACGAGGUAUAAUCAAGUCCGCUUCCGUGCCGAAGGACUUGAAGGAAGGUCUUCCAGUGAGGGAGAGAACGCUGCAACGGGUACCGGAGGAGGGCAUCCUGAAAAGAUCUUCCGCCUUCCUGGCGAGUUUAACGCAUCAUCAUCCCUCCAGCAAACUCGCCGAGAGGAAUUCACCGGACGACGAGUUGGUCAAAUUCCUCAGGCCAACGUCGAAGCUCGUCAACGGCUACGAGCCUCGCGGUUCAUCAUCCUCGAGAUAUACUGGCCUGAAGGGGUACUUUCUGACGAACGGCGACGAGGGGCUGUGUGCCUUGCGGCCGUCGCCUAGCGUCCAGACAUUGUCGACGAGCUUAAAGAAGAAGGGCAUUGGAGUGAAGAAAUCGGUCUCCUUCAGCUCCGACACCAGCUUUGAGGAGAAACGCGUGCCGUACCGAAAGCCUGCUGUCCACGAAGCCAAAGUUUAUCGUAAAGGUGUGCUUCAAGAUCACAUACGCAAAGAGACGAUCAAAUCAAAAGUGCCGCCCUCGUGGGAGACACCCUCUGGGGGCCCUACGGCCCUUCUGAGGGCCGCCAGAGAGGCGGACGACACCGGUCUCAAAGAAAUUGUUGCGCAGGCUCGAAAAGUAGGCCUGAAAGGUAUGGACGUCAACGUGGUCGACAGUAGCGGCAGGACGGCCAUAAGUUACAUGGCGGGUAACGGCGCGUCGUCGAUGCUCGAGCUGGCGCUCUCUUUCGAAGGCGUGGACCCGAAUCUGCCCGACAACGAGGGUAACACGCCGCUCCACUUUGCCGCCCAGGCCGGACAAACCGAAUGCCUCAACAUCCUUCUGGAGAGGUGUCCGGACAUCGAGGUGGACGCCAGAAACACCUUGGGCUUCACCCCGCUCAUGAAGGCCGCCCUUCAAGGUAGAACCAAGUGCGCGAAGAUUCUCCUGUUUGCCGGUGCAAAUCCUACAUUGCGCGAUCACGGUAGGGGGCUAAGGGCGGAACAGUGGGCGAGGUUUUGCGGCAGGUACGCGUGUGCCGAGAUGAUCGAGAGAUUCGCGAGACAUCGGCUGUUGGAGAGAACGACGUCCUGCCGUUGGGGCAGCGAGCCCGAGCUGGCUGCGAAAGUGCUGCAAGGCAAGGUGACGCCUAUACCUCCGACGCCUCUGCCGCAAUCCUCGGGAUUGAAGUCGAAAAUAAGAAAAGUCUUCCGCACCACCUCCAGCCCCGAUCGAACCUUCUCGCUGGUGUCGCAACUCACCAGCGCGGCCCUCUGCGCGAGCAGUCCGGCUCUGCCGAAGCCGUCACCCGUUGUGAAAAGCCUUCUGCGGCCGUUGAGCGUACCCCAGUUAAGGGUGACGUUGGUCUCACAGCAAGACUUCCUGGAGAAGACUUCCGAGAAAUGCGGGACAAAUUUCACAGACAAGAUCGAGAACUCCAUCCCGAAGCCGCCACGCUCGAAGAAGAAGAGCAAGUAGUCGAACGUAUGGUUUUAGCGGUCACGAUCACGGGCCGCGUUUUAUCGCCCGCUUCGCAUUUGAAUACACGCGGAGGGGCAGGAUUACUCGAGUGCUGCCUGCAGACGCAAAGCAGCCGAGACGGACAGAGUGUUUCGCGGUAUAUUACGUUAUCGUUUACGUGUUAUCCGAUUCCGCUGUUGCCUGCGGCCGAUCGUCCCGCCCGAUGCCGCGGUCCCUCAAGUAGGUCGUAGGUUGUUCGUUUUUACCUCGCCAAGAAAUAUUAGCGAUGCAUUUCUCUCCCGGGGAGGAACGUUCGCGGCGAUCGGGGAGGCGGGGGAAGGGGGAGGGAUAGGAGGGGAAGAGAGAACCUUCGCGAAACCCGAUCGCUCCCGAUAAAUCACGGGAUUUCCACGGUCCACGGCUGCCGUUCAAGUGUUGUCAUGUUUACGGCACGUGUACCCCGAGAUUGUUUUCGAUGUAAACCGCCGCUGCAGCCGGACGCAUAAACAUUCGGGACGGUCGAAUCUUAUUUUUAGUUUAGACUCGUAAUGGAUUGUACGACGUGGCGAAACGGGGCGCGGCGCGCGGGGGCACAGUUUACAAAAUCCAAUCAGCUUUACACGGGGGGGGGAGAUCGCAAAAUCAUGAUCACGUGAUAUAUCUGGGAGAGAUCGUUACGUCCCUCGCCGCCGCGAUAAAUGGAAGUUUCUCGAUUUUGUUUCGGGAACGCCGUGUGUGACGCCGGAGCGAAGCCUCAGGGGUUUUUACCGAUUAAAGCGUUGAGGAUGAUCGAACGGACCUGCGUGCGAUCGACGCGUUUUGCAGGUCCCUCCCUAACUUAUAAAUCUUAUAAUAUACACGCGUUUUACGUACAAGAUUUUAUAUCGAUGCAGUUACUGUCAGAGAUGAUUGUUUAAAUAAAUGUCUUAUUAAUCAA